GUACGAGGAGUACGGGGGAGGGAGGCAGACAGAAACUCGGGGAGCUCCUCCACACAACGGGGAGCGCUGGUUGUGGCUGUCGGAGGGAAGCUCGUCCAGCUCGGAGCAUCCCCCUCCGUCUCCCGGUCGCGGUUUCAUGUGUCAGAGCGACGUUUGAUUGCUGUCGCCACCUGGGCAUUAUUUAUAACCGACGUAAAAAAAAAAAAAAAUCGGAUGGGACGUACCGCCGAGCCGAGCAGAGACACUCCCGGAAAUAACAUGCGUACUCUCAGCCUGUCACGUAGGCUCGCUGAGGAUUUGCAUUGCUGUAUGGCUGCCGUAGGUAGGUUUUCGACGCUGCCUGAAUAUGUUUGAAAGGCGCACCGAAACAAACGCAGAGCUGCGGAGUGGCUGCUGAAAUCAGAGCAGACGAAGGAUUGGGGACAUGAUACUUGCAGCGCGCCUCUCCGAAAGAGGAAGCAGCGGCUCAGUUGGAAAAUGAAGGGAGGACGUGAGGUACGUGUGCACCCAGCGGACGACGAGAUCAAAUGGAGAGUUUGGGGCUGAAGGAGCUCUUGAAGACAAACUCUCGCCUCGGACCAACCAUUUUUUCAGAGUCGCAGGAGAGAAGAAGCCAGCAGACGGAGAUCUACAACUCAUACCAGGCAGACAUGGGUUUGAACGGUUUCUGCGCAGGGCCCACUGGGACUCAGACGGCCGCUGAGCUGCUUGCCGACAUGGCCUCGCAGACGAACUCCCCGGGCAUCACCAGCCCCACAAAGCAGUCCAAAAGCGGCGUCCCACUCUACAACGGCGGGGUGGUGUCUCCGUCGGCCACCGUGGAGGCCAGCCAGGCCGAGGCUUUGGCCCACACGCCCCAUAGUUACCCGGCUCAAGUGGAAGGGAUGGGCGCAAAGACAGGUGGCUCCGUCUGCACUUUCAACAGCAGAAGCCUCACGAUGGAGGACGGGGACAGAACUGCUCAUGACAUAUGCUCUUUAGGAACGAGGAGAAUCAACGAGGACCUGAAAGUCAGGCAGGCGCAGCAGCAGCAGCAGAAGAGGAGGAAUGGAGAGAAUUGGGACGUUGGAUCAGAAAUCCUCAAUGGCCAUGUUGCGGGGUCGCCGGGGUUAGGAUGCUCAGCAGACCCGGAUUGUGGAGCAGGGGAGUCGGAUUUAAAGCGGCGGAAGUUAGCUGAUGGAACUGUGGCUAGCAAGUCAUCUGAACCGCGCAGAGUGGCCCGAACGGUCGCUCCGCUUAGAGUCGGCGUCAACAGCAGCAGUUCUCACAACCAUCCAAACUGCUCUCCUGAAAAUGCCAACAUGCGAAAUGGACAUUACGCAGCAUCCCCAGACCCUGCGGCUGUACCAAGCCUGCCCUCCAUCCCUGGCCUGCUGCCUCCUGCCGGGACCGCCUGGUCAGCGGAGCGCAUCGCCAAGCAGUACAUUAUCCCCUGCAUGAAGUACUACGGUAUUUGUGUGAAGGAUAACUUCCUCGGUGGGCAACUGGGAGACGGCGUCCUGAAGGAGGUGGAGGCGCUGAACCAGAGUGGGAAGUUCCGGGGCGGACAGCUGGUGAGCCAGGCGGACAUUCCCUCCCGGAACAUCCGAGGUGACCAGAUUGCCUGGGUGAAGGGGCAGGAGCGAGAGUGCCAAAGCAUCGGGACGCUGAUGGCUCACAUUGACGAGGCCAUCUUGUACAGCGCUGCCAAAGGGCAGCUGGGGAACUGUGUCAUCAAUGGACGCACUAAGGCCAUGGUUGCUUGUUAUCCAGGGAAUGGGGCUGGAUACGUCCGCCAUGUUGAUAACCCGAACGGCGAUGGACGCUGCCUCACGUGCAUCUACUAUCUAAACAAGAACUGGGACGUUAAGACACACGGAGGUUUGUUGCAGAUCUACCCCGAGGGCAAAAACGUGGUGGCCAAUAUCGAGCCUUUGUUCGACCGGCUGCUCAUCUUCUGGUCUGACCGCAGAAACCCACAUGAAGUCAAGCCAUCUUACACCACUCGGUAUGCCAUCACAGUCUGGUACUUUGAUGCCAAAGAGAGGUCAGAGGCUAAAGAGAAGUACAAACUGGCAACAGGACAGAAGGGCAUUCAAGUGCCUGUCACUCAAAACAGCAGGUCAUAAAAAUAAAAAUAAAAAAAACUCUCCCAAGUGUCCGGAGAGUGUUCUCAAAGUAUUACGUGCCUUCCUCUACCGCUAACGGACACUACGAUCACAAAGGGAGGCGCGGUGAAACCUUCAGCAGGAGUCCAGCUGCUUGAUUCACACGGCGAGCCGUAGGGUGAGGAUCGGGCUGCUGAUCGAACACCUGGCAGAAACAACAGGAACACAGAGGACUGGCUCGGACGCCAAUGGUGGGUUCAGAAGAUAUGAGACUGAAUGAAAAAAAAAAAACAAGAAAGAAAGACUUGGACAUCUCGAAGGCCCCCCCCCCACUACAAAACAAAAUGACUGACUCUGUUGUUGUUUCGUUGCAGUUCUGCUUCUUCAACUAUCAGAGAUGUUGUGAUGUUUUGACAUAUCGAUGAAAGAGCAUUGAAAUCUAAGUCCUAAGUUCCUUUAUCUCAGUUGUGUGCAACAGUGGCCUCUUGUCUCUCGGCAGAGUGUGUGUGUCUAACAAGAAACUAAGGCCGAAUAUUGACGUCAGACUCAACAUUUCAGAUUAGUGCAUGAGGACAGCAGUUUUAUUUUCCACAAGUGCAUCUCAACCAGUUAAAAUAAUUAGAUUCAGAACGUGAACCCCAUAUUGCAGAUUCCUUGAUGUAUUUAUUUCAGUCCUCUCCAGGAUGCAGUUGUCCCUGUGGCUUGUGAAACAUUUUCCUUCCACUCAACUUUCCAUUAAUAUGGUUUAAAUACUGCAUACGGACUUCUAAAUGGCCUUACCUUCACAGUUUUCUCAAGUCUGCAGUUCUUCUUGAUGCUUGUGCAAAAUUGCUUCCAUUCAACUUUAUAUGGUUUGAAAUGGCACAGUAUGAACAGCCAACUCCUUUAGCAGUGACUUUAAGUAAAAAGUCACUGCUAAAGUGACUUUUUAUUUAAAGCCACUUUAAAUAAAAAGUCACUUUACUGUUUUUGUGGUGAGUGUCAACGGCUGUUUGCUGAAUAGCUACCGUCAAGUCAGCAGUUCGUCUUUUGUGCACCUGAUUCUACCACAGUUUUACCUUCUACUCAAUUUCCAGAAAUAUGCUUUGACAAGUGUUGUUAUAUUUCAAUAGAAGAAAACCUUUCAAUGAUUUUUCUAAUUAAUUGAGAUGCACCUACAGAACACAUCAAGUAGACAAACUUUUCCAGGACGUUUUGCUUUCCAUAGCUCAGGAUUAAUUUUUUUUCAUCCAAACUCAAAAAUGCAGCUCGACAUAACGCCCAGAAAUCCACAGUGAAUAUAUAUUUUGGGGGAUUUGUUGUUGAUUAGAGUGUUGAUCUCUGCACACAGCUCACACCUGAGACAAGAGGCUGUUCUGCUAAAGGUAAAUGAGAUGGUGGGGGUGGGGGGUUUGAACAAGUCCGCUGAGUGUGUUUAUGUUGCCUUUCUAUGUGUUCAUACCAAGAUGGACCAGAGUGGAACAAAUCUGCCCGAGAAAUCCCCCCACAGAAAAAGGACAACGUGACUUUACUCUUAUGACUGAAAAUCUGUUGUUCUCUAAACUUAAGACAAUUGGAGUUUAAAGCACAGAUUUUUUCUUUCUUUCUUUUUUUUUUUUUUUUACAAC